GCUUACGGCUCGUGUGCACUCGCUUCAUGUUGGCAGCAUGCGGAAUGUCUCUAUGUUGCUCGCUCCCCGUACACGUCGCUGCGGCCCGCGCUGCCACCGUCUGCUCACUGUGUCUUGACGCUCGUUCCCGGUCUUGAUUUACGACGCGUGAUGCCCGAGUGAUAAGGGGGCGUUCCUGUGCUAUAGUGUUCCUAAAGGCAUGCCCGUCGUGUUCCAGGUGCGAGAGCAGCGGCCGCGCCGACCUGAGAUGUGGUCCGAGUUUGUGAAAAUGAAAGAGCUCGUCACGACUGCCACGACGACCUCCGCAAAGUGACGCCUGAAGUGUGUUUGGCACAAGGAGAGACCGAGACGGUGCCGGGGAGCCUGGAGGCCUGUCGUGCGCCUCGCCCGACACCCCCGACAGAAGCUGGACAAUGAGGCGCGCUGCUGUGUGGCCUCACAGUGGUGUACGGAGGCCUCAUCAUGGCAAGCGCUGAGGACGCGAGGCCGCGGAAUGUGAGGCAGUGGGAGUCAUGAGGUGGCGGGAGGCUGGCCCCGUGGUGGUGGUGGCUGUGCUGCAAGUGGUGGUGGUGGUGGUGCUGCCCUCCCUGCUGCAACCUGCACACGCCGCAUGGUGGUUUGUGUCCCAGCUGAGUGCGUCGUACACGUCGACGAGGAUUCACUGUGAAAACAUCCCCGGUCUCGUGCGGCGCCAGCGAGUGCUAUGUGAGCGGCACCCCGACGCAAUGCUCGCCGUGACGGAGGGUGCCACGAUGGGGGUCCAACACUGCCAGAAGCAGUUCCAGGAUUCCCGUUGGAACUGCUCCACCAUUCCACGAGAUGCGUCUGUUUUCGGCAGACACGUUCUGCGAAGUACGAGGGAAUCCGCCUUUGUCUACGCCAUCAAUAGUGCGGGUGUUGUGCAAGCGAUCACGCGAGCCUGCAGUCGUGGCGCCAUCAUGAACUGUGCCUGUGACAUCACCAAGAAGGGCAGCCACCGGGACCGCAUGGGUCAGUUCACGUGGGGCGGCUGUUCAGACAACAUCCGCCACGGCACUGCCUUUGCUCGACGCUUCAUCGACGCCCAUGAGAGGCGGCAGCGAGACGCCCGCGCCCUCAUGAACUUGCACAACAAUCGGGCGGGACGCAAGGCCGUCAGGAAACAAAUGCGACUCGAAUGCAAGUGCCACGGCGUCUCGGGGGCGUGCACCGUCCGCACUUGCUGGCAGACCGUGGCGUCGUUCGGAGCCACGGCGCGAUGGCUCAAGCGGAGGUACGACGGAGCCACGGAGGUCAGCAUGAGGCCCGACGGCGCUGGACUCAUCCCGCGCCACGGGGACCACAAGGCGCCGAGGAAGACCGACCUGGUGUACCUGGAGCCUUCGCCAGACUACUGCGGGGAGGACUCGUCGUCAGGGUUCGCAGGCACGGGCGGCCGUCAGUGCAACCGCACUUCCCAGGGCACGGACGGGUGCGACCUGCUGUGUUGCGGCCGCGGAUACGACACCCAGCGGAGACUGAUCACCUCGAAGUGCGAGUGCAAGUUCCAGUGGUGCUGCUUCGUGGCCUGCAAGACCUGCGAGACGUGGCGGGACCUGCACUUCUGCAAGCCCAAGCAGGACCCGCUGCCCCUCCACUGACAUGCGAUGAUCCUGCGCGUCCUUCUGCUCCUUUUUCCCCUCCGUGAGAGCAGUUGUUAGCGUGUCAGAAGUGAUAACACGAGAAGUGAAAUGUAGUGAUUAGUGACCACGCGGCAGAGUCCAGAUCGGAGGUAAACAUGACAGAGGGGUUGCCACGUGGCUCCAGGCGGGUCCUGGACGCGACCCCUGACUCUCCAUCGUGGAAGACGCUCUCGACACGUGACCAGCGCGAGGAGGCGGUCACUCGGCGUACCAAGUGCUCCUUUCGUAACACCUGUGCUACAACAUGUGUGCUUCGUAUGUUCUUGAACACUAAGGCUCCCCACAGCACUUAAUGAACCCAGAAGUCUCGCAUGUUCUUACAGACGUAAAUCAGUGAAAUAGCUUGAGUUAUAGUGACAGCCCCUCUCAGUAGAUGCGCCCAGCUAGAAUUGACUGAGGUUAUAAAUUCACAUGCACGAACUUGGACAAUGAGAAGACCUGCAUGGGGUGUUGUAGCGAGGUGUGGCGCUGGUGACUAGGCUGAGUGGGUGAAGUAAUUACAAAGCUCAGGUAGUAAGGUAUGACGCAGCUGCCCUCAGGCGCUGCAUCUCGCACAAUAUACAAGAAAAUCUGCAGCCGCGUCUGUUUGUGCGUGGAUUGGUUUCUGUUACGUGUGGGUGUGCGUGAGUGUUUGUGUGUGGAUUUUAUGUGAACAUACCCAUUUUUGGGUAUGUGUAUGCAUGUGUGUGUAUACCACUGCGUAUGUGUGCACGUGUUUUAUUGUGAACACGCCUCGCUACACAUAUCGCUAUACACGGAUACACACAGACGUAUAGAACUGAGAUGUCUGGAAAUACCACGAAGAUGUCAACACCACCGCGUGCAACACCGGUGGAACCGUCGCUCGCCGGAACAUACCUGGUGUAGACUACUGCGAUACGUAAACCUAGUGAGAUUAUGUAGUUGGUAAACCCCCAGAAUAUUAGGCAUAUGUUUUUUCUUCAAUUAAGCUUGCAUGUGGAUGUGAUCCCUUACUGGAAAACCUGCUUCAGGCAUCUUGGCAUGCUGGCCAUGACCUGGGGGGAUCUGGCGGCUCGUCGCAGUUGUGUUCAGGAAGACUCUUAGGCGUAAAUGAUGUGUUUAAAGUAUGUAAAUAAAUGUGUUUACAGGCUGUCAUUUGGUAGAGAAGUGCGUUGGCUUAAAUAUUCGCUCCCAGUGUAGACAUAGUGUAGUUGGAGAACAGCUGUUAUUCAGAAAAAAAUGUAGUACUUACAGUGAAUUGAUACGUUAAUGUUGGCAGUCAUAAUGCAAACAAUUUUCUUACCCAAUACUUUCAAACAGUGAACAGGACAGAAUCUUCGCAAUUUUUUUUUCCGAAACUCAGACAUCAGUCGUAGUCUGACUGCUUUAAUAAGCACACGAAAAAACAAUCUGAAUAUUAAAAGCUUAUGAAUAUCCACUUCCCGGUUCAUCUACGAAAAGUGAUGGCUAACGCAUGUCCUCGUCUUUCUGUAGGAUUUUUGUGUGUGUGUGUGUCGACGGUCACUGAGGAUGAUGGUACAUCUCCAGGAGUAUUUUUUAUCAACUGUACUGUAUUAUUUGUACCUGUACCUAUGUAUACAUAAAUAUGUAAAUCAUGCAUAGUAUAUUCUAAGGGUUGGAGCAGGUAAUAUCAUAAUAGAUUAAAUCAGACACGGAAGCUGUGUAUUGAAAAAAAACAACACAAUUGGCUGUUUCAUAUUCAUGAUCGUAAGUUUAACAAUACAGUGCAAGUAAGUUGAAAUGGUGUUGGGGAGGCUUUAUACAAAAUCAUUAUAAAAAAAGCAACAGUAGUAAAAAAAACAAUGUGGUCUAAAUAAUUUUCUUUUCUCUCGCUUUGUGCAUUACAUCACGAUUCUUAUCCAGACAAGUGCACUGGGCGUCCCGGAUUCAGCCAUCAAUUUCCCGGGACUUUCCUAGCGUAAUGUAUAUCCUUAUAAAUAAUUUGCAAACAUAAACAGCCACCAAACAGAAUAUAUAGCCUUCUCGCUGCCCACGCUAGCACUGCAUACAAAAGGUUCCCGGUUAGCGCACUCGAGCAAAAACUGACCGAGUUACUUCCCCAGACCGACGCAUAUUAAUGACAAAUCAGCUGGGGGAACGAAAUCUCUCUGUUAACAUAAGAUUCCGUGCGAUUUGUCAAGGGGAUGAAUAUUUAUGUUAGUACAUCAGCCAUUAUUUCGCUUGUGUCAUGCCAAGGGAGCGGAGGCUAGCCUAGGAUGGGAGUUGCGGUUGGGGAUACACGCAUUUUUAGAAAUAAUUUAUUUGUCAGCUCUUUUUUACCAUAUAAUGCUCAUUCAGUUGUACGUUGGCGAGACCUGCUAACGAUUUGGAAUAUAAUGACCAAAUUAUACACAUGCAAUUUCAUUUGCAUCAAGUUUGUACAUCUUAAAUGAAAGCAAACUGGUCAUGCUUCCAUUCAAACCGUUAGUAUCACUUAGAGUACUUUGUUCAUAAUUUUUAUUCCUUUGUGAGUGACAGCGAUAGCCCGAUGUUGGACGAUAGCAUAUCACAAAAUCCCACCUCCUCUCACGUGUAGCUGUCAGAUAGGAAUGCGCUGAAAUCUGUUAUUAUAUCUAAUUUGUCUUGUUUAUACGGCGAUGUUAUCUGGUGAUGAUGUCGACUCUAGCGUGCGCAAUCACACCCUUCCCUAUCCCCAUCCCUUCUCUUCUCUUCUCUCUAGCUGUCUCUUUCUCUUUCUAUCCAUCUCCCUUACUGUCUUGCGUAUUGUAACAUCCCUUCUCUUUCUCUUCAUUUCAUUCUCUUUCUCUUCUGUCCUGGUCAGUCUCCAUUCCAGUAUCUUUCUUCCUCCCCCCCUCUCUUUCUCUCUCUCUCUCUUUCUCUCUCUCUCUCUCUCUCUCUCUCUCUCUCUCUCUCUCUCUCUCUCUCUCUCUCUCUCUCUCUCUCUCUCUCUCUCUCUCUCUCUCUCUCUCUCUCUCUCUAACCGCCGAUCCUUCUCUCCCUUCUUCCAGCUCCCAAUCACUCAACAUAUCAAUCCCAGAAUCAGACAAAAGUAACACGAAUACAAGAGCAACUACAUUCUCAAAUAAAAAAAGAAUCAGCGACUAUUUCAACACAAACGUAGACUGUCCUGCCAUUUUCCUAAGCCAACACAACUGGGUAAAGUUAGACAUUCCCUCCGAGGCACUUUUCGCAGCAGCAGGUAAUUUGCACGCUCCUUUAGCCUAGCCGUCACUUAGUGUUUCCCUUUCCCUUGAACCCCGUGUGGUCACAUUCCAGUGAU